AUGUCACCGGAAGUGAGUGGGAAUAAGGAUACAGCCAGACAAAUGGAGAUUUGGGUAAGCCGGCUUUUCUUCUGUCGCUACUACGCCCAGUUGCAUCAGCUCUCCGCGUUGCAGGUCCUCGACCGGCAUUACGUCUACUCAUACUUCCGCUGGCCUAUUCGGUCGACCGAUGCCAUAGGCCAGUCGGUAGGCAAGGCGACCGGAAUUGAAUAUCACACUUUGGCGACUACGAAAAAGGCUCCCGAUAGAAAGUCCAGCCCAAAGUAA